AUGCGGCCAACGGUGGAUGCCGUGAGGCCGGUCGUGGACCCCGCCGCCGCCGGGACGCGGGCGAAGGGGACGGACGUCAGCGGCAGCGUCGACGCUGUGGAGCAUGGGCGUCCGGCCACGGCGCGGCGUGAGGGCGCAACAAAGCGCGGAGCCUUCCGUGCCCCAGUGCACCCUGCCUACGCAGUCAUGGAGCAAGCGGAGGUGAGAAGCGUGGACGACUCUGCGGAGCAGCUUGAGGGGCAUAGUAUUCAAGUCCAGGUUCGAACGCGCGAAAACGGUCGACGCUCGCCUCUUGUAGCACCCCUCACUCCUCCAAUGCACAGUAUCUCUGCAGUUUUCUCUAACCCAUACGGCAGCGGAAUGAAUAGCCCUAUUAUUGCUAGCUCUCCUAGCGUUGCAGUGGCACCUGGAACGCCCACGAUGCCGCCAAUGCCAAAUGCAAACACGUUUCUGCAGGAUCUUUUACCCUCCAAUGUGGUGCAUCGUGCGCUCUACGGCAAAUGCCGCUUCAUUGAAUUCCCUACGCUUGCACGCUUUGAUUCCGUGCCACCGCCGCCUCUAGGAGCGAGUUUUCCUCUCUUUGUCGGCCAAGUGCGGUUUGAGACUACACCGGCAGAGCUGAUUUGGCUUGUCCGGCGCACAUCUGGCGCGACUGCGCUCGCACUGGAAGGUCGAGGGAGUGGCUGUUUUAUUAUGCACCUGCGGAGUGAAUCCGAGCGCGUGUUGGUGCGUCAACUCCACAAGCGCAUUCUCUUUGACAUUGGUGGGGCCUGGUUUGCCCGCUCCCCCGAGGAGGUCGAUAACCUCUGCGAGUACGUGACACUCACGGGCCCGUAUCUCUCCAAGCGAGCGAAGCUGCCGCGCGAAUCCAUGGUGGUGGAGGACAUCAAGGUGGGCCCCACAGAGCUGGGCCCCUGCCACCUCGGCGAGCGCGCACGGGGGCUCUCGGCGCACUCGCGGGGCAGUAGUGGCAGUGGCAGUGCCUGGGAGCCGUCUACCACCCUGUGGGGCGUGAACACGCCCGCACCGUUCCUCUGCACGCCGCCGUCAUCGCCGGUAACGCCACCGCCGUGA